AUGGACUCCCUCCAUACCCUCAUUGCCAGAGACGAUGGCUGCCCCACGGGCAACGACUACGACGGCCGAAUCGGCCUGCGCAUCUCCUCCAUCUUCGUGAUCUUCAUCGGCUCGUCGUUCGGGGCUAUCUUCCCCGUCUUUGCGCGCAGCUUCAGUGACGGCAAACUGUCGAAAUGGGCCUUCUUCGUCGCCAAGUAUUUCGGGUCCGGUGUCAUCAUUGCCACGGCGUUCAUCCACCUGCUGGCCCCGGCCGAAGAGGCUUUGACGAGCGAUUGCCUGACGGGGCCGAUCACAGAGUACUCAUGGACCGAAGCAAUUGUAUUAAUGACGAUUGUGGUGUUGUUUUUCGUGGAGCUCAUGGUCAUGCGCUACGCACGCUUCGGGCACGGCCACGCUCAUGACUCGGACAGCGAAGAAGACGACGACGACGACAGUCACCACCACCACGUCCAGCGCCACCACCACCAGGUGGAAGCCGAGCAGCCGGUGACCGUCUCCGAGGAUUUCAAAGGCCACAUGCCGGGCGAAGACCACCUGGGCCAUUCGCGCGAGCACCACGACGUCGAAGCGGGCAAGAACCACUCGCAUCUGGAGGAGUACAUGGCGCAGCUGACGUCCAUCUUCAUCCUGGAGUUCGGCAUCAUCUUCCACUCGGUGUUCAUCGGCCUGACUCUCGCGGUCACCGGCACCGGGUUCGUGACCCUUUACGUGGUGCUCGUCUUCCACCAAACGUUCGAGGGGCUCGGUCUGGGCUCGCGCCUCGCCACAGUGCCGUGGCCGCGCGCCAAGCGAUGGACGCCGUAUUUCCUGGGCCUCGGGUUCGGUGUGUCCACCCCGAUCGCGAUCGCCAUCGGUCUGGGCGUGCGCAACAGCUACGCCGACAGCGGCGCCACGACGUUGAUCGUCAGCGGCGUGUUCGAUGCGAUCUCGGCGGGGAUUCUGAUCUACACGGCGCUGGUGGAGCUCCUGGCGCACGAGUUCAUGUUCAGCACGUCGAUGCGCAAGGCCCCGAUCCACGUGGUGCUGUCCGCGUUUGGCCUGUUAUGUUUGGGUGCGCUGCUGAUGGCGUUGCUUGGGAAAUGGGCCUGA